AUGUUUUUCUUUUCUUUCUUUUCUUUCUUUGUUUAUUUUAUUUACUUUCUUUCGUCCGUUUUCUUUUUUUUCUUUCUUACCUUUCUUUACAUUUCUUUCUUUCCCUCUCUCUAUCUUUCUUUCCUUCGUUCAUUCUUUCUUUCUUUCUUUCUUUCUUUCUUUCUUUCUUUCUUUCUUUCUUUCCCGUCCGUUUCAUGUUGCUCAUUCGUUUUAUGUUUUUCUUUUCCUUUCAUUCUGUCUAUAUUUCUUCUUUUUUCUUCCUUCCUUUCUUUAUUUAAUUCGUUCGUUUUCUUGUUUCUCAUUCUUUUUAUGUCUUUCUCUACAUUUAUUUCUUUCUUUCUUUUCCCGUACGUUUCAUGUUGCCCAUUCUUUUUAUGUUUUUCCUUUUCUUUCUUUCUUUUCUUUCUUUCUUUCUUUCUUUCUUUCUUUCGUUCGUUCCUUUUUUUGCAUCUCAUUCUUUUUAUCUCUUUCUCUGUUUCUUUCUGUCUGUCUUUCUUUUGUCCCGCCUGUUUCAUGUUCCUCAUUUUUUGUAUGUCUUUCUUUUCCUUUCUUUCAUUUUUCUGUUUUUUCUUUCUUUCUUUCCUCCUUCCCAUUUUCUUAUUUCUCAUUCUUUUUAUGUCUUUCUUUCAUUCCUUACAUUUCUUCCUAUUUUCUUUCUCUCGUACUUUCUUUCCUCCGUCCGUUUCUUUGUCUCUCAUUAUUUUAUGUCUCAACGUUUCUUUCUUUCUUUUUUUCUUUCUUUCUAUCUUUCUUUCCCGACCGUUUCAUGUUUUCCUUUUCUUGUUCGCUAUUUUUUGUCUUUCAUUUCCUUCCUUCCCUGUUUUCCCUUCUUUCUUCCUUACCUUAUUUCUUUUAUUCCGCCCGUUUUCUUGUUUCCCAUUCUUUUUGUUUUUCUUUCUUUCUUUCUUUCUUUCUUUCUUUCUUUCUUUCUUUCUUUCUUUCUUUCUUUCGCUUUUUUGUUUCGUGUUCUUUCUCUACAUUUCUUCCUAUCUUUCUUUCUUUAAUUUCAUUCUUAAUUUCUAUCUCUUCCCGUCCGUUUCAUGUUGCACAUUAUUCUUUCUUUCUUUCUUUCUUUCUUUCUUUCUUUCUUCCGUUCAUUUUCUUGCUUCUCAUUCUUUUUAUGCCUUUCUUUUCCUUCUCUUCUUUCAUUGUUUUUAUUCUUUCUUUCUUUCUUUUCCUGACCGUUAUUUAUGUCUUUUUUAUGUCUUUCAUUUUAUAACUUUCUUUCUUUCUGCAAUUUUCUUUUUUGUCAUUCUUUUUGUAUUUUUAUUUUUCCUUCCUUCCUUCCUUCCUUCCUUCCUUCCUUCCUUCCUUCCUUUCCUUUCCUUUCCUUUGUCUUUUUUUCUUUAUUUCUUUCGUCACUCCGUUCGUUUUCUUGUUUCUCAUUCUUUUUAUGUCUUUCUUUUCCUUUCUAUUUUCUUUCUUGCUUUUUUCUUUCUUUCUUCGUUCCUUCCUUCCGUCCGUUUCUUCUUUCUCAUUCUUUUAAUGUCUUUCUUUACCUUUCUUUCUUUCUUUCUUUAUGUUUUCUUUCUUUCUAUCUAUUGUCCAUUUUUUUAG